GACUCAACGCAGCGUUCAGUUACUGAUUGUCCGUUACGGGGAGCGCGUGUCGCCUGCGAUUCCGAACCGGUGCGCGAGAGCAUACACGACACAUUCAUAUUUAUCAACACUUACCAAUUUGUUUGAUCAUCUAUUUGACAAGGACCAGUGUGUCUUUGGCAGUGCAUGUGCUUCCUCAUUGGAUGAAUUAACCUGAUCAGCUGAAUCGAAAACCCUCGAGUGCAGUUAAUAACUUCAAUCAAAAGCGACCAAUCAUCAGAUAUAGCAUGCUGACGAGGUGGUUGGCGCUGGCGCUGGUGGCCGCGUGCUAUCGCGUCGCCGACGCCUGCUCGUGCAUGCCCGCACAUCCACAGACGCACUUUUGUAACAGCGAUUUUGUGAUCGUUGGAAGAGUACAAAAAACAUUUCGAGGCAAAGAUUUUUACGACGCAUAUAAACUGAAGAUUCGAAACACUUACAAAGCGACGCCGAAAGCGAAGGUGGCCCUACAAUCCGGCCGCUUAUUAUCGCCGUCCCAAGAAUCUUUGUGUGGAGUGGACCUACAGCCGAGGGAGACCUAUGUUAUUACAGGUCGAGUAAUACAUUUAGAAGCUCACAUGCAUUUGUGCAGUUUCGUCAAAAAAUGGCGUGACGUCACACCUCGUCAGAGGAAAGGAUUCCGACUCCUCUACAAACAGGGUUGCACUUGCAAAGUGCACAUGAAUCGGCGGCAAACAAAAUCACCGAACUCUUGCGUGACGGCCUUCGACGAGUGCUACGAGCGACACGGCAUCUGUCUACACGACCGCAAACGCCGGUGCCACUGGACUAGGGCCCCCGCUCUCACGAGGUGCCUGCAAGCGACGGGCUCCAAUAGCACCAUGACUUGAUUCACCCUCUUCGAUGCACAAGUUCACUUUAAAAUGUACCUUAUCAACAUCUCAUUACGUCGUCCUCGUGAAAAAUUACAAAUUCAUUCACACCCAUCGCUAAUUGUACGCAAACAAAGCAGCUGUUAUACUAAACCAAACAUUAAUUAUGUAACACUAGACUCAUUUCGACGUUAAGUUAUAUAGGUGUCUGUUGUGUGUGUGAAAUAUGAAGUUCAAUUAGCCCUAUUGGCAGUGAGACGAAUUUAUUGUUUAAAACUAUUUAAAAAUUGUUACUUUGUGAUUUUUCUUUUGGACGCUUCUAAAUUGUUGUUUUGUCUUCUAAGACAAAAAUAGUUAUAACGUUAUUUUUGUAUUAUUUAUUUGUAAGUUAAUGAUUGUAAAUUAACUAAUUAUAGUGAUAUAUAGGUUAAAAUAAAGAAAUUCAAACGGAA